UCAUUGUACAUUUUUUUUCUUGCCCUUUUUUCUUCUCACCUGUAUUUUUUUUCCUUUGGCAAAACCCUAGGCCACCAUCACCGGCAUGGCAGCUGCACCACCAGCCUCUAAAAAACCCUAGAAGAAGAAGGAGAAGGAGAAGGAGGUCCUCCUGAGGGGGUGAGAAACCAAAUCAAGCGAAGAUGAGGAUCAUGAUAAAGGGUGGGGUGUGGAAAAACACUGAAGAUGAGAUCCUGAAAGCGGCGGUGAUGAAGUAUGGAAAGAACCAGUGGGCUCGCAUCUCUUCCCUCCUCGUUCGCAAGUCCGCCAAGCAGUGCAAAGCUCGCUGGUACUAGUGGCUCGAUCCUUCCAUCAAAAAGACUGAGUGGACCAGAGAAGAAGAUGAGAAACUGCUUCACCUUGCUAAGCUCAUGCCCACACAAUGGAGAACAAUUGCCCCAAUUGUGGGUCGUACUCCAUCUCAAUGCCUUGAACGCUAUGAGAAGCUCCUUGAUGCAGCCUGUGCAAAGGAUGAGAACUAUGAAGCAGGUGAUGAUCCACCCCUGGAGAGAUUGAUCCAAACCCAGAAUGAUGAGGAUGAGAAGGAAAUGCUUUCAGAAGCACGAGCUCGGUUAGCCAACACUAGGGGCAAGAAGGCAAAAAGGAAAGCCCGGGAAAAGCAGCUUGAAGAGGCCAGGAGGCUAGCUUCUUUGCAGAAAAGGAGAGAACUAAAGGCAGCUGGAAUUCAAACUAGGCAAAGGAAAAGGAAGAGGACGGGUAUUGACUAUAAUGCUGAAAUUCCCUUUGAGAAGAAGCCUCCUCCAGGCUUUUUUGAUGUCGCUGAUGAAGAUCAACCUGUGGAACAGCUCAAGUUCCCUACCACCAUUGAAGAACUUGAGGGUGAAAAAAGAACUGAUAGGGAAGCAAGAUUAAGGAAGCAGGAUAUUGCAAGGAAUAAAAUUGCGCAGAGGCAGGAUGCCCCAUCUGCAAUACUGCAAGCAAACAAACUAAAUGAUCCAGAAGCAGUCCGGAAGAGGUCAAAACUGAUGCUUCCUGCACCACAGAUUUCAGAUAAUGAAUUGGAGGAGAUUGCGAAGAUGGGUUAUACCAGUGAUCUCCUUGCAGGGAGCGAGGAACUCAUUGAAGGGAAUGGUGCAACUCGUGCUCUACUUGCAAAUUAUGCUCAGACACCACGACAAGGAAUGACCCCACUACGGACCCCUCAGCGAACACCUGCAGGUAAGGGUGAUGCUAUUAUGAUGGAAGCUGAAAAUUUGGCCAGGUUGAGAGAGUCUCAGGCACCGUUACUUGGAGGAGAAAAUCCAGAACUGCAUCCUUCAGAUUUUUCUGGGGUCACUCCUAAGAAAAGGGAGAUCCAAACGCCAAACCCAAUGUUAACUCCUUCAGUGACUCCCGGAGAUGGUGGUAUGACACCAAGACUUGGCAUGACUCCGUCAAGGGAUUCAUUUGGUCUUACUCCAAAAGGAACUCCAAUUAGGGAUGAGCUUCAUAUUAAUGAGGGCGUGGAUAUGCAUGAAAGUGCAAAACUUGAGCUCCGUAGACAAGCUGAUUUGAGAAGGAACUUACGUUCUGGUUUGAGCAACCUUCCACAGCCCAAGAAUGAGUACCAGAUAGUUAUCCAACCAGUCCCUGAAGAUAAUGAAGAACCAGAGGAGCAUAUUGAAGAAGAUAUGUCUGACAGGAUGGCUAGAGAGAAGGCUGAGAAAGAAGCGAGGCAACAAUUGUUACUUAAGAAGAGAUCGAAAGUGCUGCAGAGGGAGCUCCCUAGACCUCCUGCUGCUUCAUUGGAACUAAUUAAAAAUUCAUUGACAAGAGCUGAUGAAGACAAGAGCUCCUUUGUUCCCCCAACUUUGAUUGAGCAGGCUGAUGAAAUGAUAAGAAAAGAACUUCUAUCCUUAUUAGAUCAUGAUAAUGCAAAGCUAAGUUACACGGGUGCGGGUGCGGGUGCGGGUCGGACACUUCAAAAUUAAAAAUGAAGGAUACGC